AUGACACUGCCAUGGCCUGCGAGCGGCAGGCAGCGUCCUAUGCGGCAGCCCUCUGCCGUAUCGUCUGGUAUCUUGGAGGAGGAUGCCACGACCAUCAUGCUCCGAUCAUUGCCGGCCUCCACAAGUGUUCGUUCGCUCCUGCAUGUGCUGGAACCACUAGGGCGAGCUGUGUACGACUUCGUCUACCUCCCAAGGUGUACUCGGCAACGUCAUCGGAUUGUGGAGCUGGCAUUUCUGAAUUUCGCGGAUCCAGUGGCUGCGCGAGCAGCUGUUCAAAUCUUCUUUCGCCAUGCGCUUUCAGAGCCAUCGUGGGGGCGCACCCGAAUAUCCCAAGCAAGACUUCAAGGCUUGCCAAACAACUUGGCGUACUACUGCUUGCGAUUCGGCUCGGACGCCCCGCUAGACGGCCCUGAUGCUCCUUUGGUUUUUGCAUUUGGAAGUCGCGUGCCACUGCAAGUGGCAGUGCAGCGGCUCGUGACGGAGGAAGCAUUGCGCACAGCGCAGCAACUUCUUGACACGGAGGGCCAGCGACGCAGAGAGGAGGGUCUCAGCAUAGUCGACAUGGACUGGAGCCGGGUACGAGACGAAAGACAUGGAACUCCGAUGAUGCCUUCAGAGCCUUCACCGAAUUCGAGUAUGCCGAUGCCCGUGUUCAGGGGAAUCAUGCCGCGCAUAACCUCGGAAAUGUUCUUUGUCGGGGAUUUGGGCAUGGAAGACACAGAUCAUCUGCUCAGGCUGAUUCGUGAACACGAACGCCGCCACGGGCUUGUGAUAUUCAUGUUCUGA